AUUACACAUUUGUUCCAAAACCCAAUUACCUCCUGCCAUGUGCUCCCCUUCUUCUCCACACACGUAAACCCUAGAAAUGUCAGACCUUCCGGCGGAAGUAAUCGCCGAGAUACUUUCAAGACUACCGGUAAAACCAGUUCUGCAGUUUAGGUGCGUGUCGAAACCAUGGUGUGCUCUCAUCGACAGCCCACAUUUCAUCAGAUCGCAUCUAAAUCGAUCAAUGAAAACAAACACGAAUCGAAGCUUCAUCUUUAGAGCUGAAGACCUUUACUCCGUAGACUUGGAUUCUCUCGAUCAUGCCGCAGAGCUUGACAAUCCUAUGAAGAACGAGGAAGGAACUAAAGUGGUGGUUUCUUUCCAUGGCUUGGUUGUUUUGUCCAAACCUUUCUACCAAGACGUCACUCUGUGGAACCCUUCCACUCGAAAACACCGCAAGUUACCGGUCUCACAGGUUGAGUUCCCGCGUGGAUGGCGCCAUUUUAAUUAUAUUGUGUUCGGGUUAGGGUUUGAUUCUGUAAAUGAUGACUACAAAUUGGUGAGGAUGGUACAGUUUGUUGGCAAAGAUGAUGAUGAUUCAUUUCAUUCUGAAGUUAAAGUUUAUAGUCUAAAAUUGAAUAGAUGGCGAAGGGUUCAAGAUUUCCCUUAUUACCUUGCAUACGAGGCUUCAUCUGCUAUGACCUUUAAUGGGUCUCUGCACUGGCUUGUGACUCGAAAACCCAAGUCCGAUAGGUCCAUUUUGAUUGCUGCUUUUGAUCUUGGGGUUGAGGAAUACCGAUUGGUGCCUCUACCUGAUUAUAUGAAUGGUGAUCUUGUAAUGAAUGUUGAUGCCUUGGGAGGAUGCCUUUGUGUUGUUUGUAAUUAUUAUGGAGACCAAACUGAUAUAUGGGUGAUGAAAGAAUAUGGAGUAAGGGAGUCUUGGACUAAAUUGUUUUCUGUUACUCAAUCAAUUAUGAUUAGUCCAUUCUUUUAUUUGAUGCCUUUGGCCUAUUCAAAGAGUGGUGGGGAAGUACUUUUGCAAAAGGACAAUGCAAGUCUUUUCUGGUAUGACUUGAGAAAGGAAAAAGUAUCAAACAUUCGAAUUCAUGGUUUAAAGUAUUUUGUAGAAGCUUAUAUUUGUGUUGAAAGCCUUGUUCCGCUGCAUGGUGAUGGUGGAAGGGAUUGUAAGAAGCAGCAAACACGAAAGAAGAUGAUGAAACAAAACAAUAGAAGGGAAGGAAUGGUAAGAAGCAGCAAGCACAAAAGAAGACGAUGAAGCAAAACAAUAGAAAGGAGAAACACAGAUUUGGAUCUUUAAUUGAAGGUGAAGAUCUAGUUGGCUUCAUUGAUGGAUUAGUCAAUGAACCAACAAAAUUUGUUACUCAAGAUGGCAAGGAUGAAACAAUCAAUCCUAGUUUCGUGAAAUGGAGAAAGUCUGACCGAAUGCUAAAAUCAUGGUUAACUGGAACCAUGUCUGAGAAAGUUCUUAGCCUUGUUGUUGGACUACGGAUAGCUAAAGAAGUUUGGAGCUGCCUAGAACAUACAUUUGCUCGGGCAUCGAAGGAUCGAGAAUUACAACUUCAAUGACAAUUGCAACUGAUUUGCAAAGGUACGGAUUCAAUUAAUGAUUAUAUUCGGAAGUUUAAAAAAAUUUGUGAUGAUCUUGCAGCCAUUCAAAAGCCCAUCUCUAAUGACGACAAAGUAUUUUGUCUCUCCAAUGGGUUAGGGCCACAAUACGAAGGUUUUGUGACAUCGGUGAUAACAAAACCCCCAAUGCCAUCAUAUGAAGAAUUUGUUGCAGCCUUAGUCAGUCAUGAACUAAGAAUUCAAGCAUAUGAACAAACCGAAAGCACACACUCAAAUGUUGCUUUCUUCGGCAAUCGUUCUUCUGUUAGAGGAAAUGGCCGAUCCAAGGAAAGAGGGAGGAAUUUUAAUAAAGGCUUCAAUUCAAACAAUGGACGACAAAGUCAAGUAUUUAAUUCGAAUGCCAGACAUAAUGAGCAGCAAAUAAACAUCUCUCCUCAACAAGCACAUAAAGGAAAUCCUAUUGCACAAUGGAAUACAAGAAUGCCUAGCCAUGCCGACGAGCAAAAGCAUCGAAAUUCUAGCAGACCUUAAUGUCAAAUUUGCAACAAAUUGUGUCACACUGCCAUCAAAUGUUGGAAUCGUUUCGAUCAUUCAUACCAAGCUGAUGGUGUUCCUCAAGCUCUCGCAGCCAUAGAUAUCUCAAAUGGGUCAGAUCCAAAUUGGUAUGCAGAUACUGGUGCUACCGUCCACCUCACUUCUGGAGAAGGUAACCUUACUAAUUGCUUUCCUUAUUAAGGCAAUGAUAGGAUUUAUGUAGGAGAUGGCAAAGGACUGAAAAUAUCACAUACUGGUGACUUGAAUAUACCUUCUAAUCCUGAAAAUAUUUCUUUGAAAGUAGUGUUAGUGGUUCCCCAAAUUAAAAAGAAUCUCAUCUCUAUUAGCAAGCUUACUGAGCAAAAUUCUUGCAUAGUUGAGUUCUCACCAGAAAAUUUUGUUGUUAAGGAUUGAAUGACAGGAAGAAUUCUAGCAACGGGGAGUAAGAAGGAAGGAUUUUAUGCUUUGGAUCGGGAAAACCAUGUUUUACUUACUCUCAAGUUCGGUAAAAUUCCAGAAGGAAUAUGGCAUGAACGGUUGAGUAAUGCACAUUUGAAAACUUUGAAAAAUCUAAGUUCUCAUGAAUUUAUUAAUGUUAGUGCUUGGAAUAAACCAUCUCAUUCAAAUGCAGUUUGUCGACUUAAUCGAGCUCUUUAUGGUCUUAAGCAGGCACCACGUGCAUGGUUCCAUCGGUUCAGUACUUAUCUUCUCAACUUGGAAUUUAUUUCAAGUAAGGCUGAUCCUUCUUUAUUUGUCAUGCACUUUUCCAGUGGUUCUUGUUUUCUCUUAGUGUACGUGGACGACAUUAUUCUCACAAGUAACAAUUCUUCUUUGCUUGACGAAUUAAUCCACAAGCUUAGUGCUGAGUUCUCUAUAAAAGACCUUGGACCUCUUCAUUACUUCUUGGGUAUAGAAGUCUCAUUUACUUUAGAUGGACUCAAUUUAUCUGAGUCAAAAUAUGCCAAGGACCUUCUUGCGUGCACCCAAAUGCUUACAUGCAAUGCUAUAUCCACACCAAUGGCUCCGAACCAUCAUGGUCAGCAGUCGACAUGUCCUCUUGCAGAUCCAACACAAUACCGCAGCAUUGUAGGAGCCCUUCAAUAACUGACUCUCACUCGGCCAAAUCUUUCUUAUGCAAUUAAUCAUGCCUGCCAAUUCAUGCAUGCUCCUGCAAUAGCACAUUUUCAGCAGCUCAAGCGUAUUCUUAGAUAUGUGAAAGGCACCAUUUCUCAUGGCUUACAUUUUCACUCUCGCACUUCACCGCAUUUAUAUGCCUUCUCUGACGCAGAUUGGGCUGGCUGCCCAACCACACAACGGUCAACAACUGGCUAUUGUAUUUUUCUUGGUGCAAAUUUAAUUUCGUGGCGUUCCAAGAAACAACCUACAGUUGCCUGCUCUAGUGCAGAAGCAGAGUAUAGGGCUAUGGCUUAUACCGCUGCUGAAAUUAUGUGGCUCACAUUUCUCUUUCGAGACCUUUGCGUUCCAAUUCUCCGAAAACCAGAAAUUUAUUGUGAUAGAAUUAGUGCCUUUUACUUGAGCACCAACCCCGUUUUUCAUGCACGAAUGAAACAUGUUGAAAUUGAUUGUCAAUUUGUUCGUGAAAAGGUUACUCAAGGUCAUCUUACAACCAAGUUCGUGGCUGAUUGUUUGACUAAACCACUCUCCAAAGAUCACUUUUGCGUCUUCGGCACAAGCUGGGUAUUUACUCUGUACCUAGUAUCAGCUUGACAGGGAGUAAUAACAGAAUACUGUUGGAAGAUAAAGACUCAAUAGGAGAUAAUGAUUCCAAAGAUGGUAAGGGUAGAUAAGUGAAGAUAUAUGCAAGCCCCAUAGAUAUCGGCUAACUUUUGAAUUUUAAAUAUUGUAACUGAAGUAAUUCUUCAGAUAUUGUUUGAUGUAAAACCCAAGUAUAAAUCUAGAACAAGUCUUGUAAUAUGAGUAUUGUGUGAAAAGAGCUUUAACAUUUUAUCAAUUUCUAUAAUGAGAGCACUAUUAUUAUAAACUUCUCUUUUCCAUUAUUAGGUGACAAAUUGUAAUUCACAUGUAGUGGACUUAUUGUAUACAUGGAAUUUAGCUAAUAAUUUACAUGUUGCCUUUUUUCCCCUCUUAGAGACGAUUUCCUGGCAAAGGGGUUCAAGCUGGUGCUUUAAGCAACUGGAAGAGCAAAGGAGUGAGAAGGUGCAGAUAUUAGGGUAAUCUAUUUUGGUACUAUCUUUCACAUCAGUACUUGUGGAGUAGGUCUUUUGUCUUUUGCUUUAACUUGAUCAUCAAUAUGGGCUAGUUUAACUUUAGUGGUAUUCUAUGCUAUAGAUAAUGCGAUAAUUGUAGAAAAAAGAUGAAAAUUUGUAUUUCUCUCAGGGAGUCGGGAUUGGUGUUGAAUUGGUGGUGCCGUAAUUGGGCAUAUUAUAAGGUCUGGGGAUGGAAGGAGGAAAGAAGAUUAAAGAUUUUGUCUUAUAAUAUGCGACAUACUCUUUUUGUUGAAACAAAUUUCUUGUAGUUAAAAGAUA